GACACAUACAUAUGCAUUAACAAAAUGUAUUAUUAUAAGGAAAACACACACAAUAAAUAAUUGCACACUAUGAAACGCCAUGUAAAAUAUAUAAAAAACGCAUUAAUAACUAUUUUGUUGUGUUUGACUACAGCGCUAUUUUAGCCCUCGUGGUUGCCUCUGAAACAUGCCAUUAACAGUAAGCACGCACGUACCUCACCAUAGUAACAAGCAGCCACAGCUCCCACUCUGCCAGCUGGAGAGGCGCUAGCUCUGGGCUGUGCGGUGGAGGUAUGAGCUAGCGACGUACGGGAAGCAAUGUAAUCUCCGCAGACGACAAAACACCUGCUGAUGUGUCUUCAAUCUGAAUUCUGGUGCUGCUGCGAACUUAACGGAUAGUCUCGGAGGAGCCAUGUUUAUUUGCAGAUUACACCAUGCACCCGUCUUCCUGUACACGUUACUUCACCUCACCGGAGCGGCAAGCGACCUCAAACACAUCGACGAUUCGCUCAUGUUUAGCAUCAACUGGCCUGGAUCCACAGCAGACGACAUAGGCAAUGGGAGACUAGCGAGCGAUCAGCCAGAUUUAACUAAGCAGGAGGAUCAGGAGUCGCUAUGGGUUGUAUCUGCGGACAAUGAACGAUACCAAUGCAUGCUUCCAAAGACACUGACCUCAAAAACGGAUGCUGACCGCUCGACCCCAUACACAGGACCGUCUCCAUUGAUGCUGCUGAAGCCAUUAUUCACAAGAAUGUUUUGUUCAUAUAAAUUGGAGCAGUAUUGGACGUAUGAACUGUGUCAUGGAAGGAGCAUCAGGCAAUACCACGAAGAAAACCAGCCCAGCAAGAUCGUUCUACAACAGUUCCACCUGGGGAGAUACGACGCAGACAAAAUGGAAAAAGACGAGGCUGAGUACUUGCAGCAGCUCAAGUCAAGGCAAGAGGCUUCGAAUAAGAAAGUGCGUCCCCCGACGAUGCGGCUGGAGGGACUCGAGAUGCCCUACUUCACGGUGAACAUGACGGACGGCACCAUGUGCGACAUCAACAAUGUGCGCCGCAUGACGAGCGUCCUGUACGUGUGCAGCGAGGACUCCCGCAACGACAUCCUCAGCCUCGAGGAGGUCUCCACGUGCGAGUACCAGGUGGUGGUACUCACGCCCUACCUGUGCGCUCACCCGGACUACAGACUGGACUUUGCUCCCGAGAACCACAUCAGCUGCAUCGCCAAGGACGGCGCUCCAACCAGGCCCAAGGGGAUGGUACUGAUGGAUCAGGAAGCCCACGGACUUCUGUAUCCCGAGGAACAGAGUCCCAGGCCGCCGAGAGAGAGCAGGCCGACCGUCGUCGACCCGGUGAGCGUCGGCGGCAGCAGCGCCCCUCCGCACGACCCGAAGCUCCUCCAAGACUUCCUCAGCGGUGAACACUGCCUCACCGGGGGAGUUGGCUGGUGGAAGUACGAGUUCUGCUACGGAAAAAGGGUCACCCAAUUUCACGAGGAAAAAGACAAACCUCGCACGAGCAUCCUGCUUGGAACGUGGGACAAGAAGAGUCACGUGACGUGGAUCGAGGAGCGCUCGGAGAGGAAACCCAAGAAAGGGAAGAUUCCAAAGUACGUGACCCACUUUUACUCCGGCGGGGACUUCUGCGAUGCCACCAAGAAGCAGCGAGUUGUCGAAGUCAGACUGAGGUGCAAGGAUGUCAAGGGGCACCCUGACAGCGUCUCUCUCUACCUCUUGGAGCCCCGCACGUGCGAGUACAUUCUGGGGGUGGAGUCCCCCAUCAUAUGCAACCUCCUGCACAACCUCGACGAGCACGGCCUACAGCAAGUCACCUCGGACAGCUGACCGGGGUAGCCCGAGAGACGCAAGAGUCCGGCUGUACAUACCACUUCUAGAGACGGGCUCGAUGCAUUAAUAUAAAAAGAGAGAAAAGAAAGAGCAGACGUCGCGGAAGCAAGUGCCUUGGCCGUCAGUCAAAAUUUAGUGCCUUUGUCGUUGUCAAUAAUAAAGGGCAGAAGCUUUGUCAAUUGCCAA